UAAAGAGAACUGCUUUCAUUAUUCAUAUUCAUACCUAGAGUCUGUCCCUUGUUUUUCCAUCAAUUGUCUCCUCACCUUCGGCCUCUCUGGCCCAUAAUCUUCUAGCCCUUGACAGUUCUGUGUCGGUGUGUUUUGGAGACCACCGCCAAAGCCUACUAAUGCCGUCACAUUGGAUCGAUUUCCGGCCCUCGUAAGGGCUAUUCGGAAAGGAAUGGCUGAGUCAUCGAGACCAGCUUCUUCGUUCUUGGGCUCAAUUACCUCUUGGAGCAGGAGUAAUACUCCUCCGCCAAAGUCUCCUCUCGUAAAACCAAGCGAAGGCUCUCCGGGCUUGAAACAGUCGACAGGUCUCGACCACACUAUCAAUCUCCGACCGUCACCCAGUCUCCGCAAAUAUCCGAAAGACUGUCCGCCGCUCAAGGCGCGAUGGUACUAUGCGGUUGACGUGGCCAAACGAAAACCUUUUGCGGCAGAGACGAAUUCUGAUGAAAAGCCAAAGCCCCCACAGGUCCCAAAGAAAUUGGUACCAUUUUCGGCAUCUGACUCGGCAGCCAUCGAGAAGGCGUUUCAGUCACUUGAUAAUGAUGAGGCGGCCCAUCGUGAUGGCUCCGAGGUUACGAGCACCAAAGUCCCUGUUAAUGAGGACUACCUUUUCGACGUCCACAUCGAAAAACGUGAGCUAGAGCCCGCCUACUGGCUUGGCCCAGUAUAUGAAGUUCGUCGAGGAAGUUGGUUCUACAGUGAUGGUUCAUCCUUGAAGCCCUGCGAUGAGAAUCUUGCCAAUCAACUUGAAGAAGGCUAUCUAAAGGUUGCCGCAUGGAGAAGGAUAGGUCUGACGGGACAGCGAUCUACCUCGCAACCCCGGAGCAGGCCGACUUCUGGGGUGUUUGAUGGCACGGCUCACUCGGCACAACCUUCGCAAGAUGAUAAUCAAUCUACCCCAUCAAAUAUCUACCGUCUUUUCGGAUCACAUAUGAAUACAACUGUGACCUAUCAAGAUGCUACCGUUGCGUAUCUGUCCACUGAUGACUUCCUGUCACGAAUGAGCAGUACGGUAUAUGGGCGAUUUGUUGGUUAUGGCGGAACCAAGGUAGUACGCGGUUGGACAGAUUUAAAAGUGGCGGAUGGCAAGGCUACCGAUUCAAAGGCCGACUCCAAAACGGCCGAUGGCACCAGUACGAAAGAGAAGCGUCGGUCUGCCAAAAUUCCGGCAGAAGUAGCUCCAGUUGUCGAUGAUAAGGUAGAAGAAGAACCUGAGAAACCUCGUCGAACCGCUCUUGAGAGACAAAUCUCAUCCCUUGCCGGCAUGCCAGACACUCAAGACUCGCAAAGUCAAGCCGAAGAAGAUGCUCGGGAAGAGGAAGAACGAGAAAUGGAAGAGGCUCGAGAAAAAGACGGUGAAGAUCAAGCUCGACAGAUCGAUCAUUUGGUUCUUGUUACGCACGGCAUUGGUCAACGUCUCGGUCUGAGGCUAGAUAGUAUCAAUUUCAUCCACGAUGUCAAUACUCUUCGAAAGACCAUGAAGGCAGUCUAUGGAUCAGCUCCUGAUCUACAGGCACUUAGCGGUGAGCCCAAAAACUGCAGAGUCCAGGUAUUACCGGUGUGCUGGCGGCACCUCUUGGAUUUCCCAAAGCAGAGCCUAAAGCAAAAUCGCAAAGAAUUCGACCUUGGAGAUGCCGAUGACGGUUUUGAUGAUGAGUACCCUUCCUUGCAGGACAUCACCGUGGAGGGGGUACCAGCUGUCCGCAAUCUGAUCACCGACCUUGCCAUGGACGUCCUCCUGUACCAAAGCGCGUACCGAGAACACAUUGCGUCCAUCGUACAGAAAGAAUCGAACCGAGUUUAUCAGCUCUUCAAACAGCGCACGGGGUUUUCGGGGAAAGUCAGCUUUUGUGGUCAUUCUCUCGGCAGUGCGAUCCUGUUCGACAUAUUGUGCCGUCAAGAAGAGCCCAGCAAGACAAGACCGCGACGGGUGUCCAGCAAGACCUCUAGAGAGUUCAAUGUCGAACAAAAGGAUCUGCACCUCGAUUUUGACGUGGAGAAUUUCUUUUGUGUCGGAUCUCCGAUAGCCCUUUUUCAGAUGCUCAAGGGAAGAACGAUCGCCGCUCGGUCCACGUUGGGCGCCAGUACUUUUGGUGCAGCUGCUGUACCUACUUCUCCCUUUGAUCCGGACCCAAUGCUGAACGACCCUUUUGACAGCUCACUGAAACCACCGGGUUCCGGUGCCGCCGCCAGAGACAUUAUCCCAAUCAGCACGUCAUCCCCCAAAUGCCGUGAACUCUACAACAUAUUCCAUCCGACAGACCCUAUAGCUUAUCGAAUGGAACCGCUCAUAUCUUCGGCGAUGGCACAAUUGAAAUCCCAACCUCUCCCGUACACCAAGAAGGGUCUGUUUGCGGCGCCCGGCAUCGCCAAUGUGACGGCCCGUAUGGGCCAACAAGUCAUGUCGAGCUGGUACAAUCUCACGUCCGGGGUGGCGUCGAGUUUGAUCAACAGGAGUUUGGGGAUUACGGGUGAAGAACAGGCUCUGCCACAAGACAAAGCAAAGGCAUCUGGUGGUCCGACAACAUCAACAUCAUCAUCAUCGGCUCCUACGUCGACUCAUCAAUCCAACACGACACCACAUGUCCCCGUUGUUUCAAGCGACAAGAAACAACAAGAGCUCGCCAACAUGGCCAAAUCUUCUCCUCCGACCGAACAAGCGCCGACAUUGAUCGACUCGGAGAUUGAAACGCUCUACGCAGGGUUUCAGAGACGUCGACGAUCACACGAUGCUUCUACCGACGGAACCGGUGGUGAGGAAGGUCACGGUUCAUCGGCCGGAUUUGGUGCUGGUGUUGGCGGUGCUGGUUCAUCGGAAUAUCAUCACUUGUCACAGGAAAGGGCUCGGAAACUGAAACGUGAAGAGAUGAAGGUCAGGGCCUUGAACAGCAAUGGCCGAGUGGAUUACCACAUUCAAGAAGGCAUGUUUGACGUGUCGUUGCUUGCCAGCAUCGCCAGUCAUUUGAGUUAUUGGGCAGAUGAGGAUGUCAAUCAUUUCAUGAUUGGUCAAAUGUUGAAGACGAGGGGACACGACAGAACCAACAGCAACAAAGGACGAGAUGGGUAUUCUUCGUCGUGGUGAGUAUACGUGCCUUGGAGAAGGGAUGGGAAGUUUUUUUUUGUUAAAAAAAAAACAAAAACAGUGUGUUUCUUCCUUUCUUCUUUGGUACUACGGAUCCUCUCGUCUCAGAAAAUAUUCAAAAGGUUCUCACCUCCCAAAACACUGUCGUUUUCUUCGGUUCGUUUCCUCUAAAGAUCUCCUACCUCGUCGUCCUCGUCCUCGUCCUCUUCUUCCCGCCAACGUCCGUACUCGACCUCUUUGAUCCUCUCUUGCUGUUGGUUUUGAUUUUGCUUUGGUUCCAUGGUUGUCUCCUUCUCAUCACUCACGUCGUCGUCAUUCUCAUC